AUGGCGGCACUUUGCUCCCGGGAGACAACUAGGCGUACCAACCUCCGCGAGCUUGUCCUAGAAAUCACGAAGCAGCUCAGCGACACAUUGCAAACCAUAGAAGUAAACAAAGAGAUAGACAGAAAGCAACUCAGCGAAGCCCUCAAGAGCGUACUACUCGCGCUCGUUGGAAUCAAAGAGACCCCUUACGUGGCCACUCUGAGAGAGAAGGUGGAUCAAAUGCGCACGGAGACAGUGAAAGAGGUAACAAAGGCGGAUAUACAAACAGCGGCAACAAGUCAAGAGGCGAAGGUGGCCGCGAUGGAGGCCGCCGACAUAGGCAGAAGAGUAAUAGGAAUAGUAAAGGACAUCAAAAGCAAGGGAACGCAGAAGCAGGCCACGGCAAGCUAUGCCGCUGUGGCAGCACAAAGUGCGAAGGCAGUUAAUAGACAUAAUCCACAAAGUGCGAGGCCACUCGCUCAGACGCACCGUGAGAUCAUCGUGAAUAUCAGAAAUGCACAAGCCAUCCCGCACCUGCGUAGCAUGAACCCACGUAACCUGAAAGACCACGUUGCACAAGCUAUCGCCCAAAGCGGAGAAACCAACGUAAAGGUCAUGUCCGCCAAUCAACACAUGAGCAGAGACAUCAGUAUAAAAGCAAUCACACCAAUCGAAAUGCAAGCACUAAGACAAUCCGGGCAAGAAUGGGUCCCUAGGAUAGGGACGGGAUGUCAAUAUGCAGCCAGACAUAUGGCGUACUUUACGCACUAA